GUUUGAUCGAUCCUACUACAACAGCUGGUGACGUCACCAUUACGCCAUCUACAGUCGGUCCGACAGUGGGUGUGUCCGACUCCGACCUCACUUCGAAUUGCCGCCGGCUUUAUAAACGCGGGUGUGCGCUCCUCUCCUCCCCCGCACCAUCAUCCGUUGGCGUCUCUUCCAUCGAUCCGCGCACGGACGGCACCAUGUCCAUGUCCCUGGCAGCCGCCGCCGCCAACUGCCGCUACAGCCGCGUCGUGUUCGUCGGCAACAUCCCCUUCCACGCCUCAGAGGAGGAGCUCUGCGACGCCUGCGAUCUCAUCGGGCCCAUCCGCUCCCUGCGCCUCGCCGCCGACCCGGCCACCGGCAAGCGCAAGGGGUACGCCUUCGUCGAGUACCCCGACGACGAGACGGCGCGCAGCGCCUGCCGCAACCUCGACGGCCACAACCUGCGCGGCCGCGAGCUCCGCGUCGGCCUCGCCGGCCGCCAGCGCCGCUGCGCCCGGAGCCACCGCGAGCCAGUCGGCCUGGAGGACGCCAUCCACGCCGCUUCGCUCGUGUCCGGGACUCCGCCGCUCGACUCCGUCACGCGGUACCUGGCGGCGCGGUCGGCGCGUGAGCUGCGGGAGAUGGCGGCCGCGCUGGAGGCCGACGGUCCCGACACCCUGACGCUGCUCAAGGAGCAAGUCCCGGGGCUGGCCGCUGUCGUGGACCAGGUGGGUCACCUGCUCGACAUGGCGGCCGCGGAUGACGCCUCGGAGGCGUGCAGGAACAAGAAGCGGGCGGCGGCUGUAACAAUUCAAACUAAAUUCAAUUGA